UUGCAUUCUUACAGGCUAAUCCCCGCUAGCAAACACACACCAUGCCUUUGACAGGUUAUGGUGUCCUUUUUCUUCAAACUGUUACAGAUUUAAGACUCGCCAGUCACUGCUAAAACUUUUAGGAUGCCUUCCCCAUACGUUUUACUCGUUUUCAAGACGCACUCGUGAUGUUGACACGCCAGAGUGUCUUUAACUUUAAUCGAAAUGCCACGAGCGUGAAAGUCAUCAGGCUGUCACGGAUCUGCGCGUGGCCAUGACCGGCAUGAUAAAGAACCGGACGGCUUUUCGGCGAGGAAAACGGCUAAUGGGCGAGAGAUGAGGAGAAAAACAAUAGCAAAGCGCAUCCUGUACAAUGGAUACGAGGAAACCCUCGAAGAAACCGGCGCGAGGGCGAAGCACGUCCUCGGUGUAUGUCAGCGUCAAGCUUUUGUCGCGAACGUGUCAUUGUUUUGCACUCCCUUGGUUUAAUUAUGUGACUGUCUUUCAGCAACAGCCGGCGAAGAGGAGAAAAUGGAGAGAACUACGUGGAGAGGACAUCUCGUCUCGCAAUGCUGACUAUAUUAAGUUCAAAACAAAGGCUUUUGAGGUUGACAAGCCCUUUGGAGAUGCGACAAGGGGUGCAGAUUUUACUAUGGAGGUGCUCGGAAGCCUCCAAUCACGUCCAAGGGCGGAGCUUAUCGCCAUGGUGUUGAGUAUGCAGAGGGAGAUGGACGGCCUCCGAGAGCAAAUCAGAAGCCUCACAGCUUGUGGGAAGUUGGCUCAGACGCUUGAAGAGCUGAUCGAGAAGAGUGAUAGAUGGCUGUGCGGCACCCACGAUGCUGCAACUCCCAGCAUUCCAAGGGAGCUGGAGAGAAGCAGGCCACCCAGUCACAUUACUCCUCCAAGGGUGCCUAGCGCAAGAACAGCUGAAUAUGCAAGUUCAGAGCAGCAGGGGUGUGGUCAGUAUGAGGUCACACAAACAAUGCCUCAACGGAAUGGAACGCUUCCCGAACAAAAAGUUAUUACUGCUGAUCUGCUGGAGCGCUGCAACACAGGGACCACGGCUCAGAAACUCACCAAUGACCUUCUGCGCAGCCUCUACGACAGAGACUGUCUGGCCUCUCACUCAAUCUCAGGCAUCGUCAACAGCAAGCGAGGGAUGCCUAAGCCAGCUCUUCCGGCGCAUGAGAUCCAGGCCAUUCUGAGGACAGUGCAGCGGUUCUUCCCCGGAAAGACUGAUUCGGAAAUAAAGGGCUACAUACGACAGAAGCUUCAGAAUGAGGCCAAGAGGCUUCGGAAAAGGCCACACCCAGCUGAUGAUCCAGUGGUGGGCUCAUUCGAGAAGGAGAGAGCAUCGUUUGAGUGCUGACUUUCAUUGGACGUCCCCAGUGAACAUAUUUAGUUAAAGAAUUUAAACUACACGAACCUAAAACUUUAAAGUAACCUUAAAGGGAUAGUUCAGAAGAAGUUAUGGUGAGUAAAUUAUGACUCAUUUUUGAGUAAGGCUGCACGGUUCAUCAAAAUAAAACCAAAGCCGGUUUAGUGCGAUUAUCAAAAAGAGAAAGCUGAAGUUGAAUUUAAUAAGCAGUUUCAGUUUCAGAGCGAAGCGCAGCGCUGAGUUCAUUUACACAGGAGCAACUCUAGAUCCAGUGUUUUCAGCAACUCAGUUUGCUUUAAUGCCCUUAUAAACAGACUGUUGUCUGCAAGAUAAUCUCUUAAAGGCUUCCUGCAGUUUUCUAACAAAAUUAAACCUGGAUGGCUUAACAUUAAAAAAAAAAAAAUGCAGCAGCAAAAAAUAUUAGUAUUCAAAUUUUACAGUUGUACUAUAAUAUAGAAAAUGUUCUUAAAUACAGUUUAAAAACAAAAAAAUUAUUUUGCAUUUAAAUAGUUAUUAUUUUAGUAUUUUAUGUAAAAAUACUAAUAGUUAUUAUUAUUAUUAGAAUUAAAUUUUGGGCCAAAUUGUGCUGCCCAACCAACAAGCGCAGCAAACCUGGAGCCUUUUUUAAAUUAAUUUUAUUAUUAUUAUUAUAAUUAUUAUUUUUUAAAUGCAAUAAAUGCCCCCCACACACAAAUCGUGCAGCCCUGUUUUUGAGUGAACUAUCCUUUUAAGUUCGUAUUUGCAAGGUUUUUUCCAAGCUGUAGAGCACAUGACAAACUAUGUGUGUGUAUGAUUUUUAUCAUGUUGAUUACACAAAACUGUGACUUCUUAUUGAUUUGAAAUUGCAAAACGAACCCCGGAAGUCACAGUCAGGAGUAGAUGGAAAACAGUAGCUUCGACGUACCUCCAGCAUCACUGCCAGACGUUAUCACACACUGUUUGUCGUGCGCUAAAACUUCGAAACCAAGUAGACUAAAGCUGUGAACACAGUGGCAGAUGGUUAAGCAUCGCUCUCCUGUAAAAUGACAUGGAUGUCACUUGGUAGGGGGGUUACAUCGUGAUUGAUGUAGUUCAGACUUGUGGUAUUUUAGUUGAUCACAUGUUGAAAGUGUGCCCCCGCGUGUAAUGUGAAUAGAUUUCGUGUGUGAUGUGAAAUACGCACGUGCCUCUUAUAUUGGACUCCUCACUGUGGCCUUAUCAGUCAGAAAACGCAGCAGUACAGUUCUCAUUUCCAAACCACUGUGAUUAAAUCCAUUAAAAAGGACUUGUCUGUCUUGAACGCGUGGCGUCUUUUUUUUUGUCUUGAUUUCAGAUUCUGUUCGCAGGAGCUUAUUGAAUCGGCUGCACGAAAACGCGCACGUUUUUUACCUUUCCAGACAGAAGCACGCGGGCUCCUGGAGGCCAACGGCUGUGUGAGUAAAUUAACCCCGCACUCACCAGCUGUAUCACCGCACCCACCCCUUUCUGGGGAAAAAAACACAUCACCGAACACAUGGCACAAAGGACGGCGUGGGAACUGCAUAUGGUACAUAAUCAAUAGGCCUUAUCGCGCACACACAACCCGAACCGCAGACACACCUCAGUCGGGCUAGACCAUUAUCAGUGAUACAUGACCCUAAUCCAUUUAUGUGUCAAUGAUACAACAGAUUGGGGUUGGAGAAAACAGCGGCGUCGCGCUGGGGACCGUAUCUUCCGCGAUCCAGCCGUUAUACAGACUCUGCCUGUAAUUCCACUCAUCAGAUCUGCUAACAGCAAAUCAAUGGGCUUCUUUUGUUUCUGCAGGUUCAGACAUCCUCAUUGUGUCGCGUUAUCGGGUGUGUGUGUGUGUGUGUGUGUGCGUAAACCGCUUCGCGUUCGCCACCGAGAUGGAGGCCUCCCCCAGAAUGUUUUCUUUUAUCUAAUGCGAGGACGUGAACGUUGCGAGGAAGCGAAUAUUUCAAACGGCGCUGCGGCGCGGCCAUUUGAUCUCUGAAGGCUCCGCUUGAUUUACGAAUACGAGAAGCGCUUCAGCUGCACUGGCCAAUAUUUUCGCUGGGCAGUCGAAGACGACUUCAAAGUUGAAAGUCGGAGCGUUAAGCGCUCCUCCGGGCUCGCAUCCUUCUCUGAAGGGGCCAACGCAAACACGCCUCGGCCCUCGGCGGGGCUCUCGCUGAACCUGGGUAAAAGCAGCAGGGAGGACAACCGAAAUUAAACGUUUGCAGAACGCAGGAGAAACGCCUCCUCCUGUUGGCCCAUGCGUUUCCCGCAGAGCUGUAAUAUGUCAUCUGGGCAGCCACUUCGGUGGAGGACAUAUCCCACAAUGCCAUGCAAGGCAGGGUGCCACGGUACCCGUUGCGGCUCACUAACACGCCUCCACGUGCCAUCUUAACUUUUCAUUUGUCUUCUUCUACCUGUCAAAGGGAAGAAACAAUUGUUCGGAGGGAACGACGUUUCCCGACGGAAUCCUGAUCUAUCAGUUCUGUACUUCUGUGCCGUUAAAUGACAUUGCACUUUCAUUCUGUGCUCCACAAGCAGAAACAGGCUAAUUCAAUCAUCUUAAUCCCAGUCAUAAAAUAUAUUGUUCUUUCAGGGAUUAGACUCUGCAGUUAAGGACUACAAGGACUUUACACGCUCUAAUUUUGUAUCUUUUGUCUGUAUAGUACAACUGCAAACCACAAUUUUUCUUUGUUUUGUUUUGUGUGGAUCUUUUGUAUGUAAAAUGUGGAAGUGCAGCCUGAUGAUUUUUUUAUUUUUAUCACUGUUUUGUAGGUUUCUUUGCUUUUGUUUGGAUCUUUUUUC